GUGAGUGAGCCUAUGAACUUUGGAAGGGUGUGAAGAACUCUACUCUCUGAUUAACAAUGGAGAAACUGGCGAUUCCUUGCCAAACAAAGCCUCCAAUUUCCGUCCCCGCUUCAAUUAUCAAAACCAAACCCCUUAAAUUCUCCUCAAAACCAACUCAAACUACUAUAUUUUUCACCCAGAAAUCCAGUUCGAAGUCCAAUGACGACCAUUUGAGUUACCUUUGCCGCCAUGGUCUCCUCCGAGAAGCCAUAUCCGCCAUUGAUUCAAUGUCCAGACAUGGGUCUAAGUUAAGCACCAACACGUAUAUCAAUUUGCUUCAAACUUGCAUAGAUGCGGAUUCUAUUGAAGUGGGUCGUGAGCUUCAUGUUCGUCUCUGUUUAGUUGAUCAGGUGAACCCAUUUGUCGAGACGAAGCUAGUAAGCAUGUAUGCGAAAUGUGGGUUUCUAAAAGAUGCACGUAAGGUGUUUGAUGAAAUGCCGGAGAGAAAUUUGUACACUUGGUCGGCAAUGAUAGGCGCAUAUUCAAGAGAGCAGAGAUGGAAAGAAGUAGUUGAACUUUUCUUUUUGAUGAUGGGUGAUGGAGUACUGCCUGAUGCUUUUCUUUUCCCAAGAAUACUACAAGCUUGUGGGAAUUGCGAGGAUCUUGAAACUUUGAAGUUGAUGCAUUCUGUGGUUAUUCGAUGUGGGUUGAGUUGUUCUAUGCGUGUAAGCAAUUCUAUUUUGACGGCAUUGGUUAAAUGUGGGAAUUUGAGUUUGGCUAGGAAGUUCUUUGAGAACAUGGACGAAAGAGAUGAGGUCUCUUGGAAUGCUAUAAUAGCUGGCUAUUGCCGGAAGGGACAUGGCGAUGAAGCUAGGACAUUGCUCGACACGAUGAACGAUCAAGGAUUCAAACCGGGUUUGGUUACUUGUAACAUACUGAUUGCUAGUUAUAGCCAGUUGGGGAAAUGUAAUCUUGUUAUAGAAUUGAAGAAGAAGAUGGAAAGUAUGGGGAUCACUCCUGAUGUCUAUACUUGGACUUCGAUGAUUUCGGGUUUUGCUCAAAGCAGCAGGAUUAAUCUGGCAUUGGAUUUCUUCAAGGAGAUGAUUCUAGCAGGGGUUGAACCAAAUGCUGUAACUAUUACGAGCGUGACGUCAGCGUGUGCUUCCUUAAAAUCGCUGCAAAAAGGACUGGAAAUACAUUGUUUAGCAAUUAAAAUGGGAAUUGCUCAUCAGGUAUUGGUUGGGAAUUCACUUAUUGAUAUGUAUUCUAAAUGUGGAAAAUUGGAAGCUGCUCAUCAUGUCUUUGAUACAAUUUUAGAAAAAGAUAUUUAUACGUGGAACUCGAUGAUUGGAGGAUAUUGUCAGGGUGGAUACUGUGGUAAAGCAUAUGAACUUUUUAUGAGAUUACGGGAAUCAAAUGUAAUGCCUAAUGUUGUGACAUGGAAUGUGAUGAUAUCAGGGUGUAUACACAAUGGAGAUGAGGAUCAAGCUAUGAACCUCUUUCAAAUGAUGGAAAAUGAUGAGGAGGUUAAUCCGAACACGGCGUCCUGGAAUUCUCUUAUUGCGGGGUACCACCGGCUCGGUGAAAAGAACAAAGCUCUAGCAAUAUUUCGACAAAUGCAGUCUCUUAAUUUUAAUCCUAAUUCAGUGACUAUCUUGAGUAUCUUACCAGUUUGUGCAAAUGUAAUGGCAGAGAAGAAAAUAAAGGAAAUCCAUGGCUGUGUGUUGCGUAGAAACCUGGAAUCGGAGCUUCCUGUUGCGAACUCGCUUAUAGACACGUAUGCCAAGUCGGGGAACAUUCAAUAUUCAAGAAACAUCUUUGAUGGCAUGUCGUCGAAAGAUAUUAUCACCUGGAAUUCAAUUAUUGCAGGAUAUAUUUUACAUGGUUGCUCAGAUGCUGCAUUUCAUUUGUUCGAUCAGAUGAAAAGGUUUGGAAUUAGGCCGAACCGAGGUACACUGGCUAGUAUUAUUUAUGCCUGUGGCAUUGCUGGGAUGGUCGACAGGGGACGACAUGUUUUUUCUAGCAUCACUGAAGAACAUCAAAUUCUGCCAACUUUAGAUCAUUAUUCAGCUAUGGUUGAUCUUUAUGGACGUUCUGGGAGGCUUACCGAUGCAAUCGAGUUCAUCGAAAACAUGCCUACAGAACCAGAUGUCUCUAUCUGGACCAGCCUACUGACUGCCUCGAGGUUUCAUGGGAACUUACACUUGGCAGUACGAGCAGCCGAGCACCUACUUGAAUUGGAGCCUGAUAAUCAUGUGAUUUACCGUUUAUUAAUACAGGCAUAUGCUUUAUAUGGGAAAUCUGAACAAGCUUUAAAAGUGAGAAAGCUUGGAAGAGAGAGUGCAAUGAAGAAAUGUACAGCACAGUGCUGGGUUGAAGUCGGGAACAAAGUCUAUUUUUUCGUCAAUGGCGAUCAUUCCAAAGUCGACGUUCUAAACACUUGGAUAAAAGGCAUUGUAGGGAAAGUAAAGAAAUUUAAUAAUCACCAUCAGCUUUCUAUUGACGACGAACCGAAGGAAGAAAAAAUUGGCGGGUUCCACUGUGAAAAGUUUGCAUUUGCUUUUGGCCUUAUUGGCUCGUCUCACAAACCGAAAAGAAUAAAAAUCGUGAAAAACUUGAGAAUAUGUGGAGACUGUCAUCAGAUGGCCAAGUAUGUCUCAGAGGCUCAUGGAUGUGAAAUAUAUUUAAGUGACUCAAAAUGCCUGCACCAUUUCAAGAAUGGCUGUUGUUCUUGUGGGGAUUAUUGUAUAAUUCUUAUAGCAUUUCGACAUUACAUGCUUGUUUGGGUGCAUAGUUUACUAAUUCCUCACAGGCCGUGGCACACUGCAAUUGUUCUACACAGACAUCGAAGUUCAAGAAAAUCAUUGCUCUCUUUACUUGUCUUGUCUUUUGUUUCUGUAACAACAAUGAAUUCUGAUGGUUCUCGAAAAAUCAAGCCGAUCUCGGCUGGUCCUUUUGGAGGAACAGGUGGAAAUUAUUGGGACGAUGGAGUUUUUUCGACCAUCAGGCAGCUGGUAAUUUGCCAUGGAGCUGGUAUCGACUCGAUCAAGAUUCAAUAUGAUGUGAAGGGAAGUUCGAUUUGGUCAGAUAAACAUGGAGGAAACGGUGGCACUAAAACAGACACGGUGAAGCUCGAUUUCCCAGACGAGUACUUGACUAUGAUCCGUGGACACUACGGUAGCUUUGUGUCGUUCGACAAAGUUUAUGUGCGAUCCCUGACUUUUAUGAGCAACAAAAGGAAGUUCGGGCCGUAUGGGGUCGAACUAGGAACGAUUUUCUCGUUCCCAGCGACCGAGGGCAAGAUUGUUGGGUUCCAUGGCAGGAGUGGAUUGUACCUGGAUGCCAUUGGAGUUUACCUAAAGCCUAUGCCAAUACAAACGCCAUCUAAAGGAAUGAUUCAGUCACCGAAUUACGUUGCUUGUAAGGCUGAAAGUGAAGGCUAUUCAAUUAUACAAGGAAGUGUUGGGCAAAAUUAUGAUAUUGUUCUUGCUCUACGACAGAAGGAUGAAUUCAAAAAGCCUCUUCCAAAUACUAUCUCGAAACAAGUAUCUAGUUCCUCGAGCUCGGAAUCGAGUGACGAUGAAUCCACAGACAAGAGGCCGGUGAAGAAGGGACCGUCGAAAGUUGAAAAUGCGGUACCGUGUGGACCGUGGGGUGGCUCGGGUGGAACUACAUUUGAUGAUGGACAUUACUCCGGUAUUAGGGAAAUUAAUGUGUCGCGAAAUGUCGGUAUUGUAUAUAUAAAAGUUCUGUAUGCUUGGGAUGAGGAAUCUAUAUGGGGAACCCGAGCAGGUGGAAAAGGAGGAUUCAAACAUGACAAGGUUGUUUUUGAUUAUCCCUAUGAAAUCUUGACUCAUGUAACUGGACAUUAUGGGCCUGUAAUGUACAUGGGACCUAAUGUUAUCAAGUCACUCACAUUCCAUACUACAAAAGCCAAGUACGGGCCGUUCGGGGAGGCGCUAGGAACCCCGUUUAGUACCAACGUCAAGGAGGGAAAGAUUGUUGGAUUUCAUGGCAGGAAAGGCUUGUUCCUAGAUGCUCUUGGCGUGCACUUAGUCGAAGGAAAGGUGACCCCGGCGUCUCGUCCUCCCUCCAGUGAAAUCGUUCCUGCCGCACGACCACCACUUCUUGGAAAUGAGCUUGUCCCUUGGACUAAGAAAGUGGCACCUUCAAAAGGAGGAGCACUUGAAGAGAUUACUCGUGGUGUCGUAAAAGAACCGGCACCUUGUGGACCGGGACCGUGGGGCGGGGACGGGGGUAAACCAUGGGAUGAUGGGGUAUUCUCUGGCAUUAAACAGAUAUACUUAACACGGUCUCUCGAAGCGUUUUGUUCGAUUCAAAUCGAGUAUGAUCGAAACAAACAAUCGGUUUGGUCAGUCAAGCAUGGAGGAAACAGUGGAACAAGCAUACAUCGGGUAAAAUUGGAUUAUCCACACGAAGUACUGACUUGUAUAUCGGGAUAUUACGGUUACGUCGGUAAAGGCGAGCGACAACAAGUUAUAAAGUCGCUUACUUUCUACACAAGUAGGGGGAAGUUCGGUCCGUUCGGGGAGGAGAUAGGGAACUUUUUCACGUCGACGACGACGGAGGGCAAAGUGGUUGGGUUCCAUGGAAGAAGCAGCUUGUAUUUGGAUGCCAUUGGAGUACACAUGCAGCAUUGGCUAGGAGGCCAAAGGGCAUCCAAAUCGUCUAUGUUCAAAUUGUUCUGAUAUGAAACUGUGAGAGAAGUAAUAAAGUUGGGAGGGAAUAUAAUGUUUAACCUAAUCUAAUCAAUAACGUUUAUCAUAUUAUUCCCUGCAUAUGAUGAUAUUUCAUAUUUGAGUUUU